CAAAUGCAUUGUUUAGAAUUACAUAUCGGCGUAGAAAGCGAGUCGAGAGGUGCCACGUCCUGGGUCAGUCAUAGCGAGGGGUGCCAAGGGUCAACAUGCGAGGUGCCGCCGCUCUUUUCCUCAUCCUGGCUGUUUCAGGAACGUGUGACGGGGUGGAGAAGCGAUGGAAGAGGACAUGGGACACGGACUCCUUGGAUAAUUGGGAAGGAAGGAAAGCCCCGUGCGAAGGGAAGGCGGCCAUCCUCCCUCGGCACCCAAGCCAUCCGCACUUGGCUCACUGGAAUUGCCAAUUGAUGGAGAGCUGAUCCUAGGCCAGGAAACGCACAUGGUUUUUGAUGACAAGGCAAAGUCUGUCUGUCAAGAUGCCAAAGUGGGACCCACACUGGCAACGACGAAUGGUGGGACCCUGAUGGUUGGUGGUAUCCUGGUUAUGGUGACCCCACGUCCUCUCCAGUCCCUCACGUCCACCGAGUGCCUUGUACGAGGGACACGGCUGUAUUCGUGGAUCCAAACCAGUCCUUGUACAGCGUCCACCUAACUGCCCCUACUAUAAGGGUCGCUAAGCUCACUAUUGGUGAUAAGAACUACACUACAUCCCAGCUAGCUACAUAUGCCCAAACUGCAGAGGGCUCCUUUAGGUUUAUUGGUGCUUCUUCAAGCACAGAUGGAGCUCAACUUUAUGUAGAAGAUCCUCAACCAUGUACUGAUGUGACUGGUUGUUUGUGUACAAACCAAGAUGCUGAAGCGAAAAUAUGUGGAAUCAAAUCAUCCAAGUGUCCUCCAGCACCUUGUGAUUCAGCUCAAAAUAUGGAGGGAUUCUGCUGCCCUGUUUGUGGUGCAGAGGUAAUCAUCAGCCAUAAUGGCUCACUGCCUCUUCAAAGUAUUUUGACAUUACUGCAGAAACACAUGAAAACAUUAGUAGCAGAGAAUGUGCAAGGAUAUGCAGCUAAAAUGAGUGAUGGAAUGUAUCAUGUUUACUUUACAUCAUCUUCUGAAAUAGGCAAUUACAAAGCAGCUUCAAAAAGUUUCAAAGCUAAAUUUGAGAAAGAGCUCAAUUCAGGAGGAACGCAUGCAGCCAUAGUAUCAUUCUCAGGCAGCAUAAUUCCACAAACAGCUGAUUCUACAUCAAGCAACUUACUAUCUGUCUUCAUCACUCUCACCAUUAUAUUUGCAGUGGCUGCUGCUGUGUAUUACUUCAAGCAACGCAGGGCAGCCUCGCAGCUAUCAUUUAUGUUCCGUCGCCUGGAGAGUAGCAGCCGAAGAGUGUCAGUUGUGAGUCAUAUGGGUGACAGACGUGCUUCAACCUCUUCCAGUAUUUUUACAUAUACGAGAGACGGAGGUCUACGAUUCCAGAAUCCUAUUUUCAAUCAGUCUAUGGCAUCCCUAGCGGAAGCUAAUGCUACAUCAGUGAUUAAUGAAAGUGCACUUGGUGAGCAACUAGAUGGAGAGAGAGAAAAUCCAGUUUAUAAUGCAUAUGAACAAAUGUCUCCUGAGGAACGACAGGCAAAUGAGGAAACACUCCAAGCCCGAGAGAGAAUUCUUGAGGCAGCAGGAGACCUUGCUGCUGUUCUUGAAUCAUCUGUUCAGAACAUGGAUGCAGAGCCAGGAACAUCCAGGACAGAUCUUGAAGACAUAGCAGAAGAAAAGGAAGCACAAACCAUUGAAAAUGACGGAGAACCAGAUAAAGAUGACAUAAAAGAGACCUCAGACACGGAUCCACUGGGAAUAACAAGUGUAAGCUUCCCUGACAAAGAAUUCUUGGACAGCUUGGAUACAUCACUUCCAGAGAAGUCCACAGAAAAUGCGACUGACACAAUUUCUAAAGUAGAUGAAUUUCAAAUGCUAUCAGUUGAUGACCAAGGAGCCAACUUUGUGAAUAUUGAUGAUCCUGCACCAGAGGAAACACCUCAUGGCCUUCUUACAGAAGGAAAGCAAGAUUCUCCAAAAUCAGAUGAAACAUCUGAUGUAACUGAUACUGGUAGGGAUGAUGGCUCUUCCUCAGAAUCAUCACUUGAGGAGGGACAAAACAAUGAGGGUGAUACAAUGGAUGUUCAGGGUUUUGAACCUUUUGGAGACUUUAGUUUUGACAGCUAAGAUGCCUUGGAUUAUUGGUGGCAAACUUGUCUUACAAAGAAGAAGACUUGGAAGAAGAAAAAAUCCAUAUGUUAUAAUAAUACAGUACAUAUCAGUGUCCCAUCAUCAAAAUAAAAAUGUUGGAUUAUAGUUGUAAUAAGAAUAUUUACUUCUCAGUUCUGACAUACACAAUUUAUAGAAAAUUAUGCUUAUCACAUACUUGAUAUUACAGAUUGCUGAGGAACUUACAUUCUCAAAGAAUGUAAAUGUUUUAAAAAUCACUUUACAUUUUUCAUGUAUUUAUGUGGAAUUACCUGAAAAUAAAUUCAUUGUGAAUA